AUGAUGAGCCAUCAUAACGAAGAACGUGAUGAUUAUCGUAAUUCAUCACGUCAUAAUCGACAAGAUAUUCAAUAUAUAACAAAUCUUCAAACACAAUAUAUACCAUCAUCAAGGCGUAAUAUGGAUCGACAUUCUAUAGCAGUUACUCAUCUUCGCUCGGACAAACGACAAGUUAAAUUCGCUUCACUUUUAGACCUCAAAGACAAACGUGAACAAUCAGGUUACUUUUUUGGUGUACUUAUUUUACUAAGUUAUUUCCUUGUCAUCAUUACAUUUCCAUUAUCAUUAUGUUUUUGUUUAAAAGUUGUACAAGAAUAUGAACGAGCCGUAAUUUUUCGACUAGGUCGGAUCUUAGCUAAUGGAGCACGUGGACCUGGACUCUUUUUUAUCUUACCAUGUAUUGAUACAUACAGUAAAGUUGACCUUCGAACGGUUACUUUUGAUGUUCCACCACAAGAAAUCUUAACACGAGAUAGUGUAACAGUAGCUGUUGAUGCUGUUGUUUAUUUUCGAAUAUUUAAUGCUGUUAUAUCAAUAACAAAUGUUGAAGAUGCAGCUAAAUCCACAAAAUUAUUAGCAGCAACAACACUUCGAAAUGUUUUGGGUACAAAAACACUUCAUGAAAUUCUUGCUGAACGUGAUAAAAUUGACACACUUAUUCAAACCAGUCUUGAUGAAGCUACUGAUCCGUGGGGCGUUAAAGUUGAACGUGUUGAAGUAAAGGAUGUUCGUUUACCUGUCGCUUUACAAAAAGCUAUGGCAGCUGAAGCUGAAGCAUCACGUGAUGCACGUGCAAAAGUAAUUGCAGCUGAAGGAGAAAUGAAAGCAAGUCGAGGUUUAAAAGAAGCAGCCGAUAUUAUUAAUGAAUCACCUGUAGCUUUACAAUUAAGACUUUUACAAACUUUAACACAAAUUGCUGCCGAACGUAAUUCAACAAUUGUCUUUCCUAUACCUGUCGAAAUUUUACAGGCUCUAUCACGAAAGAAUAUGGCAAAUUUAUCAUCACAACGUAUUAUUCCUGGCGACAAAAGACUCCGAAAAUGUUGUCAUUCGUGUCCACGUCUGAUUUACGAUGAACCAUACAUAUUUCGUGUUCGAAGUGAACGUUCGCUACCACAUUCAUUUCCAUGUAAUACUUGUUUAAAAGAAUCUAUGCGACGACAACAACCACCUAAACCCAAUAUCCAAUAUCAAAAAAGAUGUUCUCGUUUACCAUUGAAACGUGUUGAUUUCGAAUAUUCAAAUCGACCGAGAACUGUUCCAUCACAACGAACAUCAAGUGAUAUAAAUUGGGAUAAUUUUAUGAGGAGAAAAAGUAAAUAUGCUAUUAAAACACCAUAUGCUCUAUGUGAUUUAACAAAAUAUGAACAAGAUUCGGAAAUUCGUCCACCAUUUGUCAAUUAUGGUGGGCAUUAUGAUGAUAAACAAUAUGGACAAAAACGAACCUUUAAUUCAUUAGUUAUACAUCAACUGAAACAUGACGAAGUUGAUGAACAACGUUUAAUAAGUUUAUUUCGAGAACGACGUCUUCGUCGUGAAGCUGAAAAUUAUUUUCAUGAAAUACAACGGCGAAAAUUUCAUAACUAUCGAGCAUCACAAGAUUAA